AUGAAGGCUAAUCUUGGCAUUAAUGGUCCUCCAUACACAGAGCUCAGAGCUGCAGACUGGAGGUGGAGGAAAAUCUCCUUACGGGACUGGAGUGGGCUAGAAAUACACAGAGACGGCUGUGAGCGCAACAGUCUGCUGCCUGCACCACGGAGCCAGCAGCUGCAGCCACAGCUCCGUCUCUUCACAGGGACUUCACCCGGACUACCAGCUGCAUCCGCCGGCCGCUGGUCGGUCCUGCUCCCGGUGCGGCUGCAUGUUGGAGGAAUCUGUCUCCAGACGGCUUUAACGCAGCAGCAGACGUCUCUUCACGCUGUUUAUUCACCUGUCAGGAUGUUUGUGUUGCUAACGGCAACAGGAGCUCAGAUCACAGAGGAUGUUGCCGUGACGACGAGGCCUCACAUCUAUUUCUGCCGCUCGCCCAACAUGGAGACCUUCACGUGCUGGUGGCAUCCACUCGACAACCUGACGGACGGAGAGGAGGUCACCUACGUCGUCACCUACUCCAAAGAUAAGGGGCCCAAACACCAGUGUCCAGACUAUACCAGCGCCGGUCCCAACAGCUGCCACUUUGACAGCGGCCACACGUCUGUAUGGAAGAUUUACUGUUUGAACGUCACGGCCGUCACCGCCCAGAGGAACUACACCUCCCAGGAGCACUGCCUGGACGUGGCAGAGAUAGUUCAGACCGAAGCUCCGGUGAAUCUGACCUACAGGCUGACGGACGCCGGCGGGGAUGAAAUAGGUCACGACGCUCUGCUGUCCUGGACGUACCCGGUUCCCUCCGACCUGCAGUACGGAUGGAUCACGCUGGUGUACGAGCUGCAGUACCGACGAGUCAACGAGCCCGACAACUGGAAGGUCAAACAGCCGCUGCGGGAGCCUCACGUCGAGCUGCUCGGACUUCCCGCCGGCGACUACGUGGUUCGGGUUCGCUGCCGGUCGCAUAACACCGGACUGUGGAGCCAAUGGAGCGACGCGCUGCUGAUGAGCUUCCCCACCAGGCCGCCUGCAGGUAAGCUGCUGGUUCUGAUUCUGGUGACGGGCGUCGGCGUCGCGGCUCUGCUGGUCAUCACCUUCGGUGUUAUUCCACAGAGCAAGAGAAUAAAAGAGUAUUUCCUGCCGCCCAUUCCAAAGCCGCGGAUCAUCGGCAUUGACCCGAUGCUCCUGAAGAAGGGGAACUUGGACGAAAUCAACCGUCACUUCAGUAACUUCCACAGCUACAGGCCUCCCAGCUACUCCGAGGAGGUUUGGGAUGAGGUGAGCGCCGACAACUUCUAUCUGACGUCGGCGAAGGACUGCGACGCCCCGGCCGAUCCCACCGACCGAGAGAAGGACGCCCUCAUGGCGCCAUGUGAGCUGACGCCCGUUGCCGCACAUCAUCAGUUCAUGACCCAAAACCUGACGUCAUACAUGCAGAGCGCGUCGCCCUACUGCUCCCCGCCUCCCGACGCCUUCGCCACGCCGCUGGACACGCCCUCGUCGUGGCCGAGGCAGGAGAUCGUGUCUCUCCCCGGAACGGAUUACAGCAUGAUGGGACACCCAAACCUUCCCGUCACCGCGCCUGCACCCAACCCGGCUGCCGUCACCGCUAACCGCUCGCCACAGGAUUUCUACACCUGCGUCCAGCUCAUGAACGAAAGUGGCGAGGUGCACCUGGUGCCGUGUUUACCGCCGGCGUACUGCAGAGAGUUCCCGCCUUUCCCGAUGGACGACUUAGACACGGAGGAGAAGAAGAAGAAGCUGGCUGACUACCAGGCGAGGAAGAACGUGAAGAACGGCUCGAAAAGCAGCGUCGAGGCGGAGAGGGGCGAAGCCGUCGUCCCUCUGCUGCCUGUCGCCGCUGACAACAAGGGCUGA